GGACACACAAGCAGGAAUAUCUCAGAAGGACAUCUAAUGUUAUCCCCGGAUUGUGACAUAAAAGAUAAUGACAGUAGACAGGAUUCUCCAGGAGAUAACCCCAUUACCCCAAUUAUACAUCUAGCUCUAUCAGCUGAGCCCUCUGAUCCUGGGAAAUGUUCUCCUGAUCACUCUGAUAUUGGUGCAUCUGUUACAGCUCUGACAGUAGAUACAGUGUUUCCCUGUUCUAUAGAUGCCAAAUGUUUUACACAGAACACAAAGCCUAUUAACCCACACACAGGUAAGGCAGUUGAGAGGCCACUGAUAUGUUCUGAGUGUGGGAAAUGUUUUACAUACAAAUCACAGCUUGUUAUACAUCAGAAAAGUCACACAGGUGAGAGGCCAUUUUCUUGCUCUGAGUGUGGGAAAUGUUUUGCACAGAAAUCACAUCUUAUUAAUCAUGAGAGAAGUCACACAGGUGAGAGGCCAUUUUCUUGCUCUGAGUGUGGGAAAUGUUUUGCAUGGAAAUCACAUCUUGUUAUACAUCAGAAAAGUCACACAGGCGAGAGGCCAUUUUCUUGCUCUGAGUGUGGGAAAUGUUUUGCACGGAAAUCACAUCUUGUUAUACAUCAGAAAAGUCACACAGGCGAGAGGGCAUUUUCUUGCUCUGAGUGUGGGAAAUGUUUUGCACAGAAAUCACAUCUUAUUAAUCAUGAGAGAAGUCACACAGGUGAGAGGCCAUUUUCUUGCUCUGAGUGUGGGAAAUGUUUUGCACUCAAAUCAGAUCUUGUUAGACAUCAGAGAAGUCACACAGGUGAGAAGCCGUUUUCUUGCUCUGAGUGUGGGAAAUAUUUUGCAUGGAAAUCACAUCUUGUUAUACAUCAGAAAAGUCACACAGGCGAGAGGCCAUUUUCUUGCUCUGAGUGUGGGAAAUGUUUUGCACGGAAAUCACAUCUUGUUAUACAUCAGAAAAGUCACACAGGCGAGAGGGCAUUUUCUUGCUCUGAGUGUGGGAAAUGUUUUGCACUCAAAUCAGAACUUGUUAGACAUCAGAGAAGUCACACAGGUGAGAAGCCAUUUUCUUGCUCGGAGUGUGGGAAAUGUUUUGCACAGAAAUCACAUCUUAUUAAUCAUGAGAGAAGUCACACAGGUGAGAAGCCAUUUUCUUGCUCGGAGUGUGGGAAAUGUUUUGCACAGAAAUCACAUCUUAUUAAUCAUGAGAGAAGUCACACAGGUGAGAAGCCAUUUUCUUGCUCGGAGUGUGGGAAAUGUUUUGCACUCAAAUCAGAUCUUGUUAGACAUCAGAGAAGUCACACUGGUGAGAAGCCAUUUUUUUGCUCUGAGUGUGGGAAAUGUUUUGCACUCAAAUCAGAACUUGUUAGACAUCAGAGAAGUCACACAGGUGAGAAGCCAUUUUCUUGCUCGGAGUGUGGGAAAUGUUUUGCACAGAAAUCACAUCUUAUUAAUCAUGAGAGAAGUCACACAGGUGAGAGGCCAUUUUCUUGCUCUGAGUGUGGGAAAUGUUUUGCACUCAAAUCAGAUCUUGUUAGACAUCAGAGAAGUCACACUGGUGAGAAGCCAUUUUUUUGCUCUGAGUGUGGGAAAUGUUUUGCACUCAAAUCAGAACUUGUUAGACAUCAGAGAAGUCACACAGGUGAGAAGCCAUUUUCUUGCUCGGAGUGUGGGAAAUGUUUUGCACAGAAAUCACAUCUUAUUAAUCAUGAGAGAAGUCACACAGGUGAGAAGCCAUUUUCUUGCUCGGAGUGUGGGAAAUGUUUUGCACAGAAAUCACAUCUUAUUAAUCAUGAGAGAAGUCACACAGGUGAGAGGCCAUUUUCUUGCUCUGAGUGUGGGAAAUGUUUUGCACUCAAAUCAAUCUUCUUAUACAUCUCAGAAGUCACACAGGUAAGAAUCCAUUUUCUUGCUCUGAGUGUGGGAAAUGUUGUCUAA